CUGUGCAACGCAUCCCGGUGAUAAGCUGGAUAUAUAUAUCGGUGCGGUCAGCUCGUCCAAUCGGUGGCGUUCACUCUGUGGAACAAACUUACCUGUCAAUCUGAGGACUAUGAAUAUGCGUGUGCCUGUUCUAACAAUUCAGUUCAAGUCAGAUAACCAGACGACGGCGAUGGAAAAUGGGUUUUAUUUGAACUAUCGCAUUGUUUCAAGCCACGACGCGUCCAGUGAAAGUUCCAGUAAAUAUGAACCGUUAUCUGAUGAAUGGAAACAGAAGGAAUACACACUACCAGCUGAGAAGGAAGCAAACCAAAGUUUGAAUACGAAAAACUCUGGAGCACUCAAAAAGACGGGAGAAAUCAAGAGAUUGCCUAAAGAACACAAGGCGCUGGAUACAAGCAAGACCUGCCGGUGCAAUUCACCGUAUCAUUUGGAAAUAAUAACAUUUCAAAAUUUGUCGACUUCUUUGCCACAAUUUACGGAGCGAGGUCACGGCUCACGUGAGUGGAAAUUGAAAGAUUAUGAAGAUGAUUCGGCGACAAGCUUGGCGUUCAAAGAUUUCAACUGGAUAGCUGGUGAUCGAAUCAAACUGUGCUUUCAAAGGGAUUCAAAUGAAGAACUGAAAAACAAGGCUUUCAUGUCAUCACAACUUCCAAGGGUUGAUGUGGUGCUGAAAGCUUCUUUCGAUGAAUGGCUGAAUGAUCGACACUCGAGUCUUCAGCUUCCAGAACAGGGUGAAUUCUAUUCGGUGGACUACAACUUUGUCACAGGUUAGUGUUCUACGGAUGAAAUGGGAGAUUAUAUUGAGUUGAAUCCAUGUUCUAUGCUGGACUUUUUAAACAUGCCUCAAGUGCGCUACUGCCAGGCCCGCCCAAAAAACAAAGAAGUGCCCAUACGAUGGAACAAUCCUUGUCUAAAAGUUCGAUUUGUUUCAAAUGAAGUAAUUGUCCGACGCGGAUUUCUUGCACAUUACACAUUUGACAUAUC